UGCCUGUGCGGCCAGAUGGUCCUGGUGCUGGACUGUCAGUUAGGGAAGUUACCCAUGAGGCCCCGGGACCGGUCUCGAGUGAUUGAUGCUGCCAAGCACGCCCGUAAGUUCUGCAACACGGAAGACGAGGACGCCGUGUAUCUCCGCAGACGCGAAGGCAUUGAACGGCAGUACCGGAAGAAGUGUGCCAAGUGCGGGCUCCCGCUCUUCUACCAGACGCAGCCCAAGAACGCGCCCGUGACCUUCAUCAUGGACGGCGCCCUGGUGAAGCUGGGCCAGGCUUUGGGGAAGACAAACCUGUACACUCAGAAACAGGAGCCACCCAAAAAGGUGAUGAUGACCAAACGGACCAAAGACAUGGGCAAGUUCAGUUCCGUCACCGUGUCUACCAUUGAUGAAGAGGAAGAGGAGAUGGAGGCUCGGGACGUUGCUGACUCAUACGCGCAGAACGCCAAGGUGAUCGAGAAGCAGCUGGAGCGGAAGGGCGUGAGCCGGAGGCGGCUGCCAGGGCGGGCCGAGCUGGGAGCUGAGAAAGCCAAAAGGAGGGGCACCUUGAUUGACAGCCAGUUCAAAUGA